AUGUCAAGUUUCCGGUGGGAACUAGAGCAACCAUAUCAGUGUUUAAAAAAUGAGUAUAGUUCAAGAAGGCGGCGCAUAGCAAUGAUGGGUGGUGGAUGUAAUCAAGAAGUUACUUUCACGUGGCUAUGUGACAAAAUUAAUGAUGCACAGGUAGUGGUCUUGAGAGCUUCACCUGGCAUGGAUUAUACCGAUUGGAUUAAAUCACAUUGUCCAAAUGUCCAUUUAGUGGAAACCAUACUCACAAUGUCAAGAGAGGACGCAUAUAACACAAAUUUAGUUAACACACUCAUGCGAGCGGAUGUUGUUCUUAUCGACGGCGGAGCACAGAGCAACUAUAUCGAUUUUUGGCAGAAUACUCCCUUACAAGACGUUUUAAAUGCCGCCAUAUUGAAUGGAGUGCCGAUUGGAGGAGUCAGUGCUGGAUUGGCUAUUUUGGGAGAUUACAUUUUCUCACUUGAAAAAAGAUAUGGUGUGACUGACCCAUUACGAUCCUCAGAUAUUUUGAUGAAUCCUUAUAAUCCACAAAUAAGAAUUCGAUAA